AUAUAAAAUGGUAGACGGAACCGAAAUCGUUGGAGAAGAACAGAACACGUACGAAAGGGGAGGAUGUCAUCCACAUCUCUGCUACCUAUCAAUGGAGGCCUCCUCUUCACUCAAAGCUCAUCCUUUCCCAAUCACCAUCGUCCCUCUGCGCCUCUCUACAAUUGGAGUUGGAGAAGACACCAAGGUGGAAGUGUAGUUGCUUACAGAACCAAUGGCAGUGCUCUUCAAUUGUUGGCCAAUCCUAAUGUUUCUUCAAAGAAAGGAGCAUCAAAUAAUGAAGUGAUAAUGGUUGAUCCUUUGGAAGCCAAGCGGUUGGCUGCCAAGCAAAUGGAAGAAAUUAAAGCAAAAGAGAAAUACAAGAGAAAACGUCAAAUUGAAGCAAUUAAUGGUGCAUGGGCAAUGAUUGGUCUUACAGCAGGCUUGCUAAUUGAAGCUCAAACUGGAAAAAGCAUUCCGACCCAGUUGGUUGACUACUGGAGUGUCAUUGUUGACAUUUUCGUGCCUGAAACCUUUUCCCUUCAGUUGGUUGGCUACUGGAGGGCUAUUGUCGACAUGUUCAUGCGAUAGAGAUGAUUUUGGUGCAUGGUUGAAGAAUUGCAGAUUAAUUCUUGUAUUAUUCUUUCAAAUCCUAUGAAUUUGUUGUGUUAAAUAAUCGUUGCAUCUGCUAACAUAUUGUGUAAUAUAUAUGUUGUACUUAUAACUCAGCUUCUGUGCC